CCUGCACAGCUCCUCGGAAGAAGAAUUCGGCACUCGCAUCAAACCACCAACAUCCAUUCUGAGCUUAGCUAGCUAGCUGAUCCCAAUGGCGAGCAGCACCGCCAUCUCUUGCCUGGCUGCGCUCCUGCUCCUCGCAGCCGCCGCGGCCCCGGCGUCCGCGGCGGAGAAGGAGACCCGGCUGCGGGUGUACUGGCACGACGUCGUCAGCGGCGGGCCGAACGCGACUGUGGCGCAGGUGGCGCAGGCGCCGUCCUCCAACGCCUCCGUCACGGGCUUCGGCGGCGUCUCCGUCAUCGACGACCCGCUCACCGAGGGGCCCAACCUGACGUCGAGGCUCCUCGGCCGCGCCCAAGGCAUGUACGUCAGCGCCGGCAAGGACAGCCUAUCGCUGCUCAUGGCCAUGAACUUCGUCUUCGUCGACGGCGCCUACAACGGGAGCAGCAUCGCCAUCGUCGGCCCCAACCCGGUGAACCGGGCCGUCAGAGAGAUGGCCGUGGUCGGCGGCACCGGCGUCUUCCGGUUCGCGCGCGGCUACUGCCAGUUGCGGACCCACUGGUUUGACGCCAAUACCGGCGACGCCACCGUCGAGUACAGGGUCCAUCUUCGCCACGACUGAUGCAUGCAUCCUUGUUUCGUGCCCAGUCGGUACUUUGAUUGUACUGUAAUUCGUUAACUGGAUUAAUAAGCCUGUUGUUCCAAUAUAUAAUUUCCUGAUUUUACCAAUAGCUUAUUUGCAUUUCGAGGGUAUGUGUAUAUGUGUUUUGAGCUGAUUUAUUGGGAAAUAAAUAAUG